AUGCAGAGCCUGUUCCUGACUGUCACACUGUUGGUCCUGGUGGCUGUCCUACAAGCUCAGGAUGACCUGCCCUUCCUCUCAGAAGAAAAGAAAAUCUCAGGUGUCUGGUUCGUGAAGGCUACAGUGAGUGAUAGAAACCUGACAAAGCUGAGACCUGAGGUAUCAUUCCCUAAUAGAGUGUCAUUUCCGGAACAAGGAACUUUGGAGAUCAGGACUACCAUCUUGUAUGAGGGCCAGUGCAUCAAGGUUGGACUCCAUAUGCAGAGAACAGAGGAGCCUGGCAAAUACAGCUCCUUUUCCAACCAUGUGCUUUUCCACAUCUAUGAGCUGCCAGUGAAGGACCACUACAUCAUAUACACUGAAAUCCUUUUGUCUGAGAAAAAAUCUGAAGUAGUUGACCUACUAGGAAAGCAUCCAAAAGAAAACACAGAAGCCCUGGAAGAAUUUAAGAAAUUCAUACAGCGCAAAGGGCUUCUCCAAGAAAACAUUAUUGUGCCCGAGCAGAGGGUAAGGCCUUUCUCUGAUCUUGGGGCUGCAGAGGGUAAUCUGGUUCUUCAACCAUCACACCUUCUUUUAUUUGAUUUUUCCCCCUUGCUUUUACAGAGCAUUGUGUUCCCAAACAUCACAGUGUCACAGCCCACCAGGAGCACAACUGCUGAGCCAUCUUUGCCACUCGUACAAGGCAGUGACCUGACUGGACAACUCUUCCUGUUGGACCGCAUCCCACUGAGCUGUAUUUCCCCCACUGGAGGUCCACUCCUUCCUUGA